AUGACCAAUAUAGAUUUCAUUGCAACGUUUCAAAAGUUAACAGUAAAUCCAUUAGACUAUCUAGAUGUGCAAACCAAUGUUGCUGAAGAGACAACUAAUUUGUUGAAACAACUGUACGAUACUACUAAGAGUGUCGAAACAAAAACUGACAAUACCAAUGAUGACGCUCUGCCUGAACUAAUAGUCAAAGAUUUUGAUGAAGAGCAAAUAUGGCAAGAACUGGAACUACAAAACUCAGCACGAUUAAAAUUGUUGGCAACUACUAUACAGGGAUUCACAAGAAGUGAUUUGAUUUACCUCAAUGAAUCUGAUAGUGAAUACACAAAAAAAAAUUUAAAAGAUACAAAGUCAACUAAAGAAGAAACUAAAAUUAAAAAAUUAAUUAAAAAUAACGCUGAAUUAAAGUCAGACAAAUUUGAAGACUCUGAAGAUUCGGAGAAUGAUGAUGAAGAAAAUGAAGAUGAAGAAGAUGAUGUAGAUUAUGAAGAUGAAGAAGAUGAGGAUAAUAUUUCUGACUUAGGAGAGGCAGAAUCUAAUACUAAAAAAACAUUUAAAAAGUCAAUAGUCGACGAUGAGUUUUUCAAAUUGUCGGAAAUGGAAAACUUUUUACUAUCAGAGGAAAAACUGGAGACAUCUAAAGAUAAACCAAAAUCUCUGGGUAGCGAUGUUGAUAUGUUUCAAGACUUACAAUCUGAAAAUGAAGAAGAAGAUAAUUUUGGUCCUAUGUAUCAAGAAUUUUUUGAGAAACAAACAAAUGGAACUGGAAAAAAAAGCAAAUCAAAAAAAAGCGUAAGAUUUGAAAUGGACGAUGAACUAAGUGAAAAUAAUGAAGAAGGCACAAAUGAACCAAAUGAACCUAAUGAAGACAAAAACGAACAUUUAUCAACUUUAGAAAUGAGAUCAGAACGAAUUAACAAGCGUAUUGCAAAAUUGGAAGAAGAAGCAAUAUCUGAUAAUAAACCUUGGGCUUUAAAGGGUGAAGUUGCAGCUAAGGACCGCCCUCAAAAUUCUUUAUUAGAAGAGGCUGUUGAAUUUGAUGUCUGUACUCGUCCAGCGCCAAUUAUUACUGAAGAAACUACCGUAAAAUUGGAAGACAUCAUUCUACAAAGAAUAAAGGACAAAGCGUGGGAUGACGUAGAACGGAAAAUAAAACAAUCAAAUGCACCACAAGAAUUUAAAAAACAAUUGGUUUUAAACCAAGAGAAGAGCAAAGAAAGCUUAUCCCAAAUUUAUGAAAAAGAAUUCGUUAAACAAAGAGAAGCAGCUGAUCCAGAAAAUAAAAAUAAACCUGAAGAAGAUCCAAAAGAGCAUAAAGAAAUUGAUUUAAUGAUUAGAGAAUUAUUUAGAAAAUUAGACGCACUUACAAACUAUCAUUAUACUCCUAAACAGGCCAUUCCCGAAUUAAAAAUUGUCAAUAAUUUACCAGCUAUAUCAAUGGAAGAAGUAGCUCCAGUUGCUACGACUGAUGCCUCAUUAUUAGCACCGGAAGAAAUACAAAGAAAAUACAAAGCACCCGUUCUUGGCAAAGAAGAACGUACUAGUACAGACAAAAAACGUGAACGUCGGAAGAAAAAGCAUUUGCAACACAAGAAACGUGUAACAAAAGAAUCUAACCUCAAGGAAAUGGAAAAAAAUGGGUUUAAACCUAAGCAUAGUAAAGACAGUGCUCAAAAAGAACUGAAACGGUUAACAAGUAGCGGACAUCAAAUUAAAGAAUUAAAAUCUAUGGAUGACAAGAGUAUGAAAACAUCUAAAGAUUUCUUUUCCAGACUUCAGGAUCAGGCAAGAAAUGAAAUUGAUGGAAAGAAAAGAAUUAUGAAACAAAGUAAUAGAAAUAAUACCAAAAAAUUUAAAAAGUGA